CCAGCUCCAGUGGCUGUUCUGUCUGCUGCGUUUUUUGUGCCUCCAUUUCUGUUCCCACGCGGUGCGGAUGGUCGCAGCACUCCUCAGCCAGCCUGGUGCGAUGCUGCCCCGCAGGUGGUGAAGAAUGGCGUACCCGACCCUUUGGUUUCUGCUCUUCGGAAUUAUCCUCAGUGGGGUCCUAUGCAGUGCUACUGCCAUCCAGCCAGAUGCUACCUGCCCCCGAAGCUUGGACUGUACCUUGAGGCGGAGGGCCUUGUGCCCACCUGGGUCCAGUUCCUGUGGACCCUGCCUCCGAUCCUUUGUGGAGGAUGACCUUGGCCACUGUAUUCCCAAAAAACAGCUACCAAGAGGUAAGAUGCAGCCCUGGCCUAACCUGGAAGAAGAAAUCGACAUUCUGGCUAACAUGCUGGCCCGGCAAGACCCUGCCCCCCAUCGCCAGGACACUGCCCCCCAGCGCUUCCGCUGGCCUGCAGCCACCCUGGCAUCCCCAGGACAGGAGCCCGAUACCCCAUCCCCUCGGGGUGCACAAGUUCCCACGAUUAAAGCCUCCCAGUCAUCUUCAAGGCCUGUGGAGAUGUCACCUGUGGAUCCCCCCCACACAUCCAAUGACGUCCUUGUUCUCAUGAUGAUCGUGGUCUGUGCAGUGGCGGGGCUCUCGGCGCUGGUUGUAGCUGUUGUCUGCUGGUGCAGGUUACAAAAGGAAAUCCGUCUGGCUCAGAAAACAGACUACUCAUCCAAGUCCCAGAAAGUAACCGGCUCUCCAGCCUUUGGCAGAAGCAUGCCUGGGGACAAGAAGCUUGCCCAGAGUGCCCAGAUGUAUCACUACCAGCACCAGAAGCAGCAGAUGCUGUCACUAGAGAAGCAUAAAGAGCAGCCUAAAAUUAUGGACUCUGGGUCCUCCGAGGAAGAGAAUGAGGAUGGAGACUUCACUGUCUACGAGUGCCCUGGCCUAGCCCCUAUGAAUGCCUUGACUGGAGAGAUGGAAGUGAAGAACCCAAUGUUUGACGACUCUGCUCUGGUGGGCCCUAGCCCCCGAGCUGCCUCUGGCCCUCGAGCCACUGCUGGCCCCCGAUCUGGAUCUGGCCCCCGUGUCAGCUCGGGCUCCCGCACUAGUGGGUCCCGGACUGGCCCCCGCCCCAGCCCCCGGCCUCCCAAGCUGGCGGCCCCCAAAUCUCACCAAUGACCAGCCUGCUGCCUUCUCCUGGCCAAUGGCUCCAGCCUGGGAAGGGGAGCUCUUAAAGGGGCUGGGGUUGGUCAGGGGUUGGGGGGGGUGCUAAUAUUAGGGUGUGUUUCCCCCUAUUAAGAAAAAAGCAAAAAAAGCUCUGAUAUCCCAAGUUUGGCUGUUUGCAGUGAGUGCUGGCUCCCCUUCUGUUUGGUCUCCCUAUCCCCUUCCGGUGUUGGGAGAGUGAGAAGGGGGUGAGGAAGCCAUGAGCCCCCCUCCCCAUCCUCCCAGAAGGAAGGGGGUCUAUCUUUACCCUCCCCAACCCCCUCCCUAAACUUUUUGGGGCUAGGAUUCCUCUAAAAGGGGAUGGGAAAAGUCCCUUUGUAUUAUUCCCCACCACCCAGCCCAGGGCUCCCUAUAGUCAGGGCCCUGCAUACUGGGAACAUAGGACUGGUCUUAUCUUAGUCUCCAGGUGCCUCCUUCAAGAGCCUCUGGGAGAGGGGAUGAGGCCAUUCACCACUCCCCCCUCCCAGUGGCAGAGCCCCAAAUAUUUUCUUGGUCCUGAGAACCUCGUAUUUGGGCCCUAGUCAUUUUGUCCUCCUAAUUUUCUUUUCCCAAUCCCUGCCAAAGUGAUUCUAGCUCAGGAUCCCAAACUGGAUAGAGUGGGCAUUGGUGCCAGGGCCUGGGGUGGGUACCUGGAAGGUUCUCAAUCCUCCAGGCCUGUCUUCUUUCCUCUGUGCCUGGGGUCUUUCCCUCUCCCUGUGCCUGUGCCCUCUCCUUGUCUGUGCCUGCGUCCAUCCUGUCCUGUACUGUCCUGUCCAUUCCUGCACCUGGUUCUCACUGUGAGACCUCUUUUCCCCUCCUCUGCUUGUGGCCAGGAUUGUAUCCACAUUCAUUUUGAAACAAACUGGAUUUUAUUAAAAACAAUGUUUCAAACCAGCUGAGGGGGCUUCUUUGGUUGUC